UCCUCAGCAUAACCACUGCCUGCACACCUACACCAAGCAGACGGAGGAGAGGAGACUUCCACAGAGCAGUUACGAGGCAGAGAGAAGGUGACAUCCCAUCAUCUCCUGGUCUCCAGGCUGCCCUUGUCGUGAGGCGUCCCUGAUAUGACCCUGUUUAAGAGUGAGCACCGCAGUCAACGAUACAUGAGCAUGAGUGGUGAACUGAAGACAGGAUGUUACAGGACAUCCAACAAGAGACCCAGCAGCACUCUCUAUGGGUCUGAGUACGAUCUGGACUAUGACUCCUACCAGGAGGACUACUAUGACAGAGUAUAUGACUACCAGCGUGUUCCAGCCUCAAUGCCUCCCUUGGGACAGGGCCCCAGUGAGGCUAAACGGCCCCGAUCUUCAUCCACCUCCUCUAGGCACAGGCACAGCCGAGACAGGCCCCUGUCCAAGAGUUUCAGAGCUCACAACACAGGCAACAUUAGGGCCAAGUUGAAGAUGAAUGAGCUGCAGGUGAUAAAGAAGGAGCUGACGCUGAUAAAGACCCAGAUAGAUGGGCUGCUGCACAGCCUGGACAGGAUGGACUCACAGAGCAGGGACCACACAGGGUCUCCCUUGAGAGAGGACAGUCUAGCGGGCUCCCCGUAUCCCGCCUCAGCCAGCAGCCCCAGCUCCCUCUCUCCUUCUCCCUCCUCCCCCCGGAGCCCCCGCCGCCGUGCCCAGAGAGAGAGCCCUGAACUGGGGGAGGCCAGUGACGAUGAUCACCACACGAUAAACAAGCAGAGCUCUGGUCCUGAGGAUGAGAUGUGAGGAAGGAGACCAAGCAGAUGGAGUCUCUGAUGUGGAGGAAGAAAGCAGCUGUCUUGUAUUAUUUUAGACCACAUGAACUCCUUUGCUAGCUAGCGUUUUUGUAGGCCUACGAUGUAUCCUGGGUACCUGUGAAAUAUGCACACAGACAGAAAUCUACACAUCAUCACAUACCUACUGUGUUCACCUGGACUGUCUGAAGACACACUGACCACUCAGUCUCAGUUGUUUCUUUGUCUCCAAUCUUUCUCUCUCUUCCUCCUAUGUCCUCCCUCUUUUUCUCCUCGGCAGACAUUAGCUCCUUUUUUCAAGCAUUAGAUCCUCUCUUCAUACAAAAUGAAAGAGAGAAAGAGUGGGAGAGAUAAAGAGGUUAUAUGCUGAAGGUAAUUAUGAGCCAGACGUGAAAAAAUGAACUUGUUGAUAUUCCUGAUUAGAAUUUAGUAUUGUAUUCUACACUAGUCAAAAGCGAGAGAUAACAGUGGCCCCUUUUUAAAGAAGGCCAACAAUUGUGUAACAUUUUUACUAAUCGAAAUAAACAAAAUCAGAGGUUAAAACACACACACCUUGCCUUCCACACUCCCUUUGUCCCAUCUCUUCUUAAAUGUGUCUGGUGGGAUGUCUGUUACCAAGGAGACGCCUGGGCACAUCUGUAAUAUUGUGCUUUAAUGUCUUUCUUUUCUGUUUUUGGUAUGUUUUCUAUCAUUUUAGCAUUUUAUUUUAGGGGGUUGUAUUUCUUUCUUUAAAAGAGCAAAGAUAAAAGUCUUUAAAUGUUUUAUUAAAAUUCUAGUGGUGUCAAAUGUU